ACAACAGCGACCCUCAGAAACUUUCCGGUUUGUGUUGAUGGCUGGAGCUUUAAGCUGGCGCGGUGAUUUGUGACUGCACUGAUUUGGGUGCAGCAGAUAAUGCAGAGAUUUUGCGGACAUUGUGAGUGAUUAGCGGACCCACAGCUGUAGGUUUUGGUCGGAGAGAGUUUGGGGAGAUGCCGCUGAUCAGCCUGGAGGACGAUGAGGAUCAGAGAUGGGUCCCCACACACGUUAAUGUGACGGUACAGCGUGGCAGAGCUCUGCGGGUGAAGGGGAAGCAGAGCAGCCGCUAUGUCUACACCGUUAUUCAGCUGGGGAAGGAGAAGUACGUUACCGGUUUGGCUGAGAAGGCCGCCGAGCCCGAGUGGAAUGAGGAGUGUUCCCUGGAGCUGCAGCCCGGCCUGCUGGAAUGUGUGGGUGCACAUCCACCUGGUGCCAGCAACCUCACCCUCACCGUCAUGCUCCGGGUACUUAUCGGGAUCGACAUGUUCCUGGGACAGACCGUGGUGCCUUUGGAUAAGGUCUUUCAGCACGGGACGUGUCCUAAAAACCAGUGGCUAAAAUUGCAUUCUAAACCUGGGAGGAAGGAGAAAGAACGUGGAGAGCUGCAGCUUACUGUCCAAUUUACUCGCAAUAACAUGACAGCCAGCAUGUAUGAUCUGACCAUCAAGGACAAGCCUCGUUCAGCCUUUGGCAAGUUAAAAGAUCGCGUCAGUGGCAAGAAACGAGGAGACGUUGAGUCCUCCUCAGCUAUUCUACCUGGACGCUACGCUGCUCUGUCCAGCUCAGUGAGUCAGUCCAUGCAGGAGACUGGAGCAGUGGAGGAGCUAAAACAGGAGGAGUGUGGUGAUGGACGCAAGAGCAAGAUGAAGGACUUCUUCCUGAAAGGAAAGCUGAGGAAAAACUCUGAUACACAGUCCUGCUCGUCCCUGGCGUCUGAUAGCAGCAUGGCGUCAUCUUCGGGGGAUCCAUUUGUUCGCAUAGAGCUGUGCAGCACACCUGUCUACAGUCGCAAAGUCAUAGAGCCCUUCCAAGCUGAUUCAGAUGUGGGAGUGAAAGGGUUCACAGCUCCAAAAGUGAUGACCCACAAGCGAGCGCACAGUGACGAGGCCAGUAAGAUCACAGCUGCCCCAAGGCCCUGUUCAGCUGUUGAGAAUCUAAAGGGUCAGAACACAGAGCUCUCACAAUCCACCCUCUGCAUCAAUGGCAGCCAUAUUUACUCUGAGCCCAUCUACACAAAAGGGUCUGGGAGUUUGCCUAUCAAGCGCACAUUGCUGGAGAAAUGCUCACCAUUAUCACGCUCGCUGCAGAAUCUUACCAGACGCAGUGAGGAUAGUCAGAGGCGCUGCUCUAUUGACAAGAGCCAGAAGGAAUCUGAAGUGGAAUCAGAGGUCUUUAUAGUCCAAGCACAGAGAGCCACCACCUCAGAUGGAAAGCCAGUACAUGCUGCUGGUCCACUGGUAAUGGAUAAUGUCAUCCCAGAAGCAGCAGAUAAAGGGAAAAAGCUGAGGAAGACGCUGUUCUCCAGUGGGAGGAGUGACUCUCUCCCUGCCAAGCCUGAACAGGGUCAGGAGGGACGUCUUCGUGGCUGGUUCGGCUCCAGCGAAACCCAAAACAAGCCAAGUCCUCACCCAGUAAAGCCUCUAACCAACAUGGCAGCAGCAGGAGAGAAGAAAUCAGUGCUGGAAAAGUUUCGCUUCUCCAUCCAUCCAGGGCGCUCCACACAGCAGAGCACAACUGAGCCAGAUAAAUCCAAGGUGUGCAUGUCAGAGGCUCAGGCUCACUACCAGUCUCUGAGCAACAUGGAGCUGAUUGAUCUGCUGCUGCAGCAAGAAAUUGAAAUAGAAAGGCAGCAUGCAGAUUCUGAGCUGCAGUCUACACUGCUGGAGAAGCGUGAGGCUGAUCUGAAAAAGCUGAAGGCUCAGGUACGAGAUCUAGAGGAUUACAUCGACAAGCUGCUGGUACAAAUCAUGGAGCAAACACCCACUCUGCUGCAGGUACGGGCCCGGCUCAAGUGACACAUGCUUCAGCCCCAAGUGCACUUCGGUUGACAUUUUGCACCUAUUUGGGAUACAUUGACAGUACAUGCAUUGCAUGCAUCAGUUUGGCAAUACAGAGCAAGAGUCAUCAGAAACAUAUUCAUUAACUAAUAGUGGUUUUACAGUUGCAGUCAAAAAUAUUUAACUCCCAUUGCAAA